UAGCCAAGUGUUGAUUUUGCACAAACUGCAAAUUGAAAUUGGGAAUUUGAGAAAUUAGGGUUUGGUUUGGGAUUCCUUGCUGUUCUAUGAAAAAUGGUGGAAUUGGAUUGGAAGACUAAGAUGAUCUCGUCGGAGAUGCCGAGCAAAUCGCCGAGGAAGGGGAAUAAUAAGCUCCAGAUUUGUAUUCCGCCGCAGAAGAUUCGCGUUUCCGAGGUGUCGGCGGCGUCGGAGGAGGCGUGUUCCGCCUACGAGCAGUAUCUACGCCUGCCGGAGUUGAAGAAGCUCUGGAGCGCCGGCGAGUUUCCAGGCUGGAAGAGCGAGGCGAUUUUGAAGCCGGCGUUCUCUGGUUUAGAAAUCACGUUCCGGUUCGUAACGACGGUGCUGUCGGAUCCUCGGCCGUACGUUAACCGCCGUGAGUGGAGGCGGAGGGUGGUGGCGUUGGCUGAUAGUGAAGUGGAGAUUAUUUCUCUGUUGUGUGAGGAGGAUGAAGACGAUACGGAGACUCGCGGAACGAUUCCGGUGGUGGAUCUGACUUCCGACGGCGGCGCUUUGUCGAGGGAGAAUAGCUCGGCGGAGGUUUGGAAAAUGGCGGACGAUACGGUGGUGGUGAGCCACGUCAGCGAGGCGAGCCUUCUACCUCGCCUCGCCGAUUGGGAGAAAUUCGAAGACGUAGCGAGGAAGAUCCAUUUCUCGAUCGAGUACCAGAUGCAGAGAUGUCCGUACACUCUCGGAUUGGGGGAACCAAAUCUGAGCGGGAAGACGAGCAUCAACUACGAUGCGAUCUGCAAGCCGUCGGAGCUUCACGCGCUGAAGAAAUCGACGAACGACGACGUCGAUUCAAGCAAUUUCGAGAACCGAAUCCUCUACGCAACGCACCAGAUUCUCGAGUCGUGGAUCUUAGUCGGCAAGGAGCUUCUCCGGCGAAUCUCCGACGAGAUCGACGGCCGUAGGUACGAAAAGGCGUCGAGCCUCUGCUGGAUUCUCGAAAAAGUGUGGUCGAUCGUUAAUCAGAUCGAAGAUUUGCAUAUGUUAAUGGAUCCGGACGAUUUCUUACGCCUGAAAACUCAAUUGAUGAUCAAAGCUACUUCGAAUUCAGAGCUCUUCUGCUUCAGAUCGCGCGAACUCGUCGAAAUCACGAAAACUUCGAAGGAUUUGAAGCACAAGGUGCCGGCGGUUCUAGAGGUGGAGGUUGAUCCUACCGGCGGACCGAGAAUACAGAACGCCGCCAUGGAACUUUACCGGAGGAAAGACGCUUUUGCGAAGAUUCAUCUCUUGCAGGCGAUGCAGGCGGUGGAGUCGGCGGUGAAGAAAUUCUAUUUCAGCUAUAAGCAGUUACUGGCGGCGGUUAUGGGGAGCCUGGAGGCGACGGGGGCCGUCGGCUCCGACGAUCCUUUGAGUCAGAUAUUUAUGGAGCCGACGUACUUUCCGAGCCUGGACGCUGCGAAGACGUUUCUCGGGGAGCGGUGGAGCUACGGCGGCGGUCGGCGCACAGAUGGGUAGAAUUGAAGAAAAUUCGCCGGCGGACGGCGGCGGUUUGAAACCAGUGGGGUGGUGGGGACGGUGUCUUGUCGGCCAUUGCUAUGGAAGACGCGUGUUUGCAGAGUAUAGCGACUUUGGUUUUAAACAUUUUGUUCGUUUAUUUUUAUGCCAAAUUUAGAAACACGAUUAUCGUUACAUAUCGAAAUUGGAUCAUAAUUCAUCAUUGCUUCUUUUGUAAAAAUUAUUAUCGAUUAUUUUUCUCACAA